UCACGCCAUUUCUUUGUAUCUCCGCCACCCCUGAAGAAAGCGAUAACCCUAGCUUCACCAAGCUCACCCAACAAUGGCGGAAGGACUCGUUUUGAAGGGCACCAUGCGUGCACACACCGACAUGGUCACCGCAAUCGCCACCCCCAUCGACAACUCGGACACCAUCGUCUCGGCUUCCCGCGACAAAUCCAUCAUCGUCUGGAAACUCACCAAGGACGACAAGUCCUACGGCGUAGCUCAGAGGCGUCUCACCGGCCACUCACACUUCGUCGAGGACGUCGUCCUCUCCUCCGACGGCCAGUUCGCGCUCUCCGGAAGCUGGGACGGCGAGCUCCGUCUCUGGGAUCUCGCCGCCGGCGUGUCCACUCGCCGGUUCGUCGGACACACCAAGGACGUCCUCUCCGUCGCGUUCUCGCUCGACAACCGUCAGAUCGUGUCGGCGUCUCGCGACCGCACGAUCAAGCUCUGGAACACUCUCGGCGAGUGUAAGUACACCAUCGCCGAGGGAGGUGAGGGACACAAUGAGUGGGUUAGCUGCGUCAGGUUCAGUCCCAACACGCUCCAGCCGACGAUUGUGUCGGCUUCUUGGGACAAGACAGUGAAAGUGUGGAACUUGUCGAACUGCAAGCUCAGGUCGACUCUUGCCGGCCACACUGGGAACGUCAACACUGUUGCUGUUUCGCCUGAUGGUUCUCUUUGCGCGAGUGGAGGCAAAGACGGUGUCGUUUUGCUUUGGGAUUUGGCUGAGGGGAAGAAGCUUUACUCUCUUGAGGCGAACUCUGAGAUCCACGCGCUUUGCUUUAGCCCUAACAGGUACUGGCUGUGUGCUGCGACUCAGCAGGGUAUUAAGAUUUGGGAUCUUGAGAGCAAGAGCGUUGUUGAGGAUUUGAAGGUUGAUCUGAAGGCCGAGGCUGAGAAGUCUGACGGAAGUGGUACUGCUGCCAACAAAAGGAAGGUUAUUUACUGCACCAGCCUGAACUGGAGUGCUGAUGGAAGCACUUUGUUCAGUGGUUACACGGAUGGAGUUAUCAGAGUUUGGGGUAUUGGCCGUUACUAGUUAUCCCAUCUCUUCUAUGUCUUUCUCCUUUGUUGGUUUUAUCCAUCACUCUUUUGUUUUGUGAGCAAACUCAUACACGUUGCAUCAUAAAGUACUCCGAAGGAUAUUUUGUUUUAUGUCAAUUUUAGGUUCGGAUCUUUACUUA